ACUGCAACGAGUUACGGAAUGCUUUCAAGGAACCAGCGCCUCUAGGCUCAGGAGGACCCAAGGCAAGCUUGAGGAGAGAAACGCUUCAUUUUAUUGGGGAGCGGAGGGGGGACCGAUCGGCUAGUAUCUCGGAAGGAAUUUUACAUCGACGUAUGGCCUUCCCGGUACCUCGCCUCGCCAGUUGAUCAUCAUCCGGCGAUCUGACCGUCCGUCCGUGUGCUCCGGCAUUGUCGCUUAAGCUUUUGGUUGGGGGCGUUGCCCUGAAGCGUGCUCUACAAUUUGACAUGUAGAGACUCUCUUCAAAUUUCCCCCAUUAUCGCGUGCUGAACCACCCGAAUUUCCUGACUCGGUAAUCGGAUAGCGAGGGCCGUUUCGCGCUGGUUUUUAACGUUAGCACGCGAAAUACUGUAAGCUCUUUCUACUUCCCCUUGGGAUCGCAUUUAGCCUCUGAAAAUUCCCGGAGCCUUCGUCCUUUCUCCUCCCGUCCCGCCAUAUCCAGUUCCGAAACUACACUGAAUAGCACAUUCCGCUCUCCCGCGCCACGCUCUCUCAUGGCCAUGGCCUGUAGUCGCCGCCGCUCCUCAUCCCUCCCGUUCUUCCCCACCUCUCUUUCCUCCCUCAUUCCACUCCUCCUCUCCCUUUUCCUCCUCAAUGCCGCUCCAUCCUCCUCCUCUCCCUCCUCCCCCUCCUCCUCCUCUACCUCCUCCUCCUCUCGCGGCUCGUCCUCCUUCCCUCUUAAAGCCAUCCCCCGACGCUCCCUAGCCAACGAGGCGCUCCUAGACCACGUGCCAGGCCAUAAGAACAUCCGCACCUUAAACCGCGCGAUCCGGCGGAAGCAACUCGCGGAGCUCAGCCUUAGCUUCUUCCCGGCAAAAGGGGGAGGUGGCGCAGUUUUCGGUCCUGAAGCGAGGGAGGAGGAGUUAUUAGGGGGUUGGGUGGGGGGUAGGCGGCUGAGACCGAGGCACCUGGCGUGUAGAGGAGGGAACUGCCCUAAUAUGGAGAUGUGUGGCCUAGGGAUAGAAGCUUGCUGGAAUCCGGGGUUAGUAGAUCCGGGGUUAGGGGGGGAUGGGGGAGAGGGGGAAGGGGGGGGAACGGGGGAAGGAGGAGGAGGGGGAAGACAGGGCCGGGAGGGUAGAAAGCUUCAGGUGAGCGGAAAGAACAGUGAAAGGGGUGUGGUUUGUCCGCCGCUGCACGGAGUUAAAUUGUCGCUUAACGACGUGUUCCUGGCUAACUGCACCGUCGAGCCCGAGGAGGAGGAGGAGGAGUUUCAACAGGAAGCGCCAGGGGGGGGAGAGGGGACGUCCGGAUUCGGCAUGGGAGGAGGCGGAGCGGGAGGAGGGAUGGGAGGAGGAGAGAUGGAGUUAGGGGAGGAGGAGGGGUCGGCAGGGUUGGCGGGGAGGGAGCGGUUGCUGCCCGGGAUGGGCGGAUGGGCGGGACAGGUGUUUGUGCUGCACAAUGUGUUCGUGGACCCGUGGGGACUCGUGUUCAACGCCUCGCAUGUCUUCCGCGCGGGGGGAUGCCGCCCUCACCUGCGCCGACAGAAGGUGUUUGUGCUGCACAAUGUGUUCGUGGACCCGUGGGGACUCGUGUUCAACGCCUCGCAUGUCUUCCGCGCGGGGGGAUGCCGCCCUCACCUGCGCCGACAGAAGUUUGUUUACCACCGAGACACGCAGGUGACGGUGCACAAGCUGGUGGUGAACCUCAUGGUGCCGUCCCCCCAGCGCCACCUCAAGGCGCGCCACCCGCGCUUCCACACCGUCUUCCACCGCCUCGUGCACCAGCUCCCGCUCUUCCUCCCGCUCGCCCCGCUGCUGCCCAAGCUGAUCGAGCAUGAUGCACGGUUCCUGGUGCAUGAGAAAAAGUACCUGCAUUCUCUAGCCCUGCACAUUCUGGGCGGGGACCCCUCGCGCCGGGCACUCGUCCUGCAGGAGGAGGCGCAGCACCUCAUCUUUGUGGAGCGCCUCGUGCAGCCCUUCUUCCAGCACUGCGCCGCUCCCAGCCCCGCUCUCUGGCGCGCCCUGCGCUCCCACCACCUCCUCCCCCCGAACGGUCUCCCCUUGUUCGACAAGAACUGGCGCAGGAGGGAGGUGGCACCCGUGCCUGCCACUGCCGAGGAAGCCGAAGCAGCAGCAGCAGCAGGGGAGGCGGGAGCAGCGGGAGGGGCGGAGUUAGCAGCCCUUCCGAUCCCUAGGAAAGACUGGGUGGUGAUAAACGCCCAGCCGCCAGGAGUACUGGAGCUUGAAAAAGCAGAGGAGCAUGAGGCUGCCCUGAAUGACAACUUCUGGUUCGGGCGGAUACAGCCGCACCUAGCAGGCAAGGGUUUCGAAGCCACCAGGAAACUUUUCGCCCGGGCAGCUUUGCUGGUUACCACGCCAGGCGAGGCUCUGCUGAACAUGAUUUUCAUGCCGCCCGGCGCUACAGUGUUUGAGUUCCAGCCGCGGGAAUCGGCCACUAGCGCCCACCGUGCCUUUGCACAUGUGCUCAGCCUAAAAUACGCCUCCUAUAUCUGCAAGCGAUCCCGGAGAGCGAUUGACGAGGAUGACCCUGUGACGCUCUACUGCCAUCCCAUGACUGUCAAACGCUUCUUCACUCACAUUGAAUCGGUGGUAUUCCGAAGCCCGGUGCUACCUGGGGGAGGCUCUACCCGGACCCAGCUUAAUAGGGAGUUUAUCCCCGGCUCGGUGCUCCGAGAUAGGGCGCGAGUGGGGAGGUUUAAGGCGUGGGCCGCGUGUGUGGGGAGGAAAGGCAGGUGGGUGGAGAACCCUACUCCGCGCCGACUGCCCUGGGACUUUCAUGGGCACAGUAACCCGUGCGAUGUGAGGGGUGAGCGCGAGGGGAGGGGGUAUUUGACUCGGAAUGCUGCGGAUGCGAUAGCAGCAACUGCCAAGCCGGAUGCUCAGGCGUGGAAGGUUCAGCCCCCUUUGAAGUAUGAGUGGGUGUUGAACGAGGGGGCGUGUGAUGAUGGGGAUGGGGAGAAGGGAGCGGGGGGAGGAGCAGGAGGAGGAGGAGAGGGAUGGAAGGGACAGAAGAAGAGGAGGAGGCUGGAAUCUGUUCCCCUUGGUAGGCAAAACCAACAGCAAAAGCAACAGUUACAGUUACAGCAACAACAAGAGCAGCGACGACGACGGCUUAAGAAGGUAGGUCUUGUAGCACCACCUCUCAACUCCUCCUCCACCUCCUGGCUUCCGUUUGACCCAUCGGAUUUCUGCGAGAGGGUUCUGAAGCACCGGCGCAUGCUGGUCGUGGGCGACUCUAAGCAGCACCAGCUGACGCAGUCGCUCAUCAACGCGCUGGCCAGGGACGUGCGCAAGCCCGCAUCGAAGCUGAUGCACGAGGUGCAUGCGCCAGAGGGGUGCGCCGCUGUGCUGGAUAACGAUGAGAGCCGCUUCCAGCACGAUUUCUGCAGGAGCUUCAUAUUCAACUCCACUCUCUGCCCCGGCUUCCACCUCGACUACAUCCGCUCGGACCGCCUCUGGAUCUUCGACCCGCGCACGCCAGAAUACGACCGCAUGCCGUGGGUGCUCCCAGCGCUCUCCCACCUCGCCACUGCCGAUAUCAUCCUCAUCAACCGUGGGGCCCACUGGACCACAACCGAGGAUUUCCUCAGCGGCGUGCGGUCCGCAGCGAGAUACAUCCGCCAGCAUUUCCCUGAUAAGCUGGUGAUCUAUAGGAAUACCCCGCCAGGGCAUGUAGAGUGUGCGGGCAUGGAUAGGCCACUGAAGCAGCCGCAGGAUCAGGAGUUGCUGCCGUAUUACUGGAAGGAUUUGCGGGAGCAGAAUGAGGCGGUGAGAAAGGUUGUGGAGGAAUCGGGAGCGGUGUAUAUGGAUGUGGAAGGGAUGCUUGCCCUGCGGUGGGAUGGGCAUGUGGGUAUGGUGCCGGGUAGGGACAAGCCCGACUGCUUGCACUACUGCCAGCCGGGUCCCCUGGAUGUGUACCCCCAGUUCUUGUACAAUAUUCUCAUCCGCCUCAUGCCGCCGCCGCCCAAGUGAAAAAGCAGGGGGCAGUUUUCUAUUGCAUAUGAUUGGGGAAACUACUACCGUAAUUUCCUCCAUAGCUUGAUAUUUUCAGCAGCUGUUUUGCUAUUAUUGUCAACUUAUACAUACAUUUGCAUAUAGAAGUAAUAGGCUAUAAUAGGUGUGUGUUCUUAGAGCGAACAAACCAAACCCUAUAUCUUCCUUGUUCCC